GCUGAUUCAAAACAAUGGCCGACCUGCGAGCUGCUGUCUCACCUUCAGUCCUCGUUUUAAGUGUCCAAUAACUAACCCAGGCUGUCUCUGUAGAACAUGCUGUUCGUGUGAUGGAUAGGUGAUUUAAUAAGUGUGUUCUGGAAGAAAGAAGCGGCCUUAAAGCUUCCUCUCCGCUGCCAAAAUGAGCGAUGUUGUGGAGAAGACGCUGACAGCUCUGCCGAGCCUCCUCUCUUUAGACUCCCAGCCGGGCUCCGCGAAGCUGUCCUCCACCUCCAAACUAGGAAACCUCAUCAGAGGAAUCACUGAACUAACUUCAAAACAUGAGGAAGAGAAACUUAUCCAAUGUGAACUAUCAUCUAUCAAAGAACAGGUGUCUUCCCCCAACACAACCAUGAGGCAGAUGAAGGAGCUCAUGGUGAGAACAAUCUACUGUGAAAUGUUGGGCUACGAGGCUUCGUUCAGCUACAUUCAUGCCAUCAAACUGGCUCAACAAGGCAGUGUUCUGGAAAAGAGAGUUGGUUACCUCGCUGUAUCCUUGUUUCUGAAUGAAAGUCAUGAGCUGCUUCUUCUCCUGGUGAACACAGUGUUGAAGGAUCUUCAGAGUACAAACCUUAUUGAAGUGUGCAUGGCUCUAACUGUUGUCAGCCAGAUGUUCCCCAAAGACAUGAUACCUGCGAUUCUGCCUCUGGUGGAGGAAAAACUUAAUCACCCAAAAGAAAUCAUUCGACGUAAAGCAGUCCUGGCAUUGUACAAAUUCUACCUAAUAGCACCAAAUCAAGUUCAACACAUCCACAACAAGUUUCGCAAAGCUCUGUGUGACAAGGAUCCUGGUGUGAUGACAGCUUCUCUACACAUUUACUUACAGAUGAUCCAGGAGAAUCCAGAAGGUUACAAAGACUUGACAGCAAGUUUUGUCACCAUAUUAAAGCAGGUGGUGGGAGGAAAGCUGCCCAUGGAUUUUAAUUAUCACAGCGUUCCAGCUCCUUGGCUUCAAAUCCAGCUUCUUAGAAUACUCUCCUUACUUGGGAAAAAUGACCAGAGUACAAGUGAGAUCAUGCACGAAGUCCUCGACGAGUCUUUACGAAGAGCAGAGAUGAACCAUAACAUCACCUAUGCAAUUUUGUAUGAGUGUGUAAAAUGUGUUUACACAAUUCAUCCUAAAUCUGAGCUUUUGGAAAAAGCUGCAAAGUGCAUUGGCAACUUUGUUCUGUCACCGAAGAUCAAUCUAAAAUAUCUCGGCCUGAAGGCCCUCACCUACGUGGUCCAGCAGGAUCCUAAACUGGCUCUGCAGCAUCAGAUGACCAUCAUAGAGUGUCUUGAUCAUCCUGACCUCAUUAUCAAGCGAGAGACGCUGGAGUUGCUCUUUCGGAUCACAAAUGCCCAGAAUGUCACAGUUAUUGUCGAAAAGAUGCUGGAGUUUCUGCGUAUCAGUAAAGAUGACCACACUACUAUUGACCUGGUGGGGAAAGUGGCAGAACUGGCAGAAAAAUAUGCCCCCGACAACGAAUGGUUCAUAGAGACGAUGAACACGGUGUUUUCAGUCGGUGGAGACAUGAUGCAGCCUGACAUCCCAAACAGUUUCCUUAAACUGCUGUCUGAGGGAUUUGACAGUGUGGAAGAGGACAGAAAGUUGAGGCUGUUUGCUGUGAAUUCAUACAUUUCUCUGCUGCGAGGAGAACCUGGCAAACUGCCACAGCGCUUCCUCCAAGUCAUCAGCUGGGUCCUCGGGGAGUACUCUCAUUUGAGGGCGGAUCUUGAACCAGCCCUGGUCCUGAGGCUGCUGGCCAAACUGCUGGACAUGAAGAACUGCAGCAGUGAAACCAAGAGCUGGGUCCUCACAGCAAUGACGAAGCUCUGUGAGGGUGGUUCAGGUGUUUCUGUGGCUCAGCAGGUUUCUGAGACAUACGGCAGCUCCCUGGACACGGUGCUGAGACAAAGAGCCCAGGAGCUGCAGCACCUCAGCCAAGACUCUGAACUACGAGCCAGGGUGUUACCUCGAGGUGCCGGCCUGGAGCCCGUGGAGGUGGAUUCUUCUCUGUCAUUUCUGGAUGGAUUUGUGUCCGAGGCGUUGGCUGCUGGUGCUGCUCCUUACAAGCCUCCCCAUCAACGACAAGAGGAACUAGCUGGAACAAAAGCACUGAGCCUGGAGCCCUACGGCCUGUCCCUGCCCAUCAGCAUGUCCUCCUGCAUCACUGACAGACAGUCGCCCACACUGUUGUCCAUGAGCUCUGGUCUGUCAGGCGAUAGCACUGACCUCUCACACAAAGGAGGUUCUGCAACGUUGAAGCUGGAUGGUGUGAAGCGAGUGUGGGGUAGGGAAGGUUAUCUGUCCCAGAAAGAGCCUGUAGAAGAACCUGCCCAGGUUGAGGUUCCCAGUCCCCUCCGGUCUCCCAGCCAGCAGGGCGAAGCCGACAGCUUCCACAGCCAGACUCCAUCUCUGACACCGACUCCAGAGUCCGAUCAAGAGAAACAGCAGCUGGCCUCAUCGCUUUUUGUUGGCCUGGGUUCUCAAAGCUCUGUGUGUCUGAUGGGAAAAUCUGAACCGACAACCCAGCGAUUCAGAAGAAAAGCCAAAGGUCACAGCACAGCCUCGAGCACCAGUGAGCAAGUAUCCAACUCUGUUAUCUCUCCUCCCAGCACCGUGGAUAACUUGCUGUGUAACAACCUACUGGACUCCAAUAUCACCUCAGAACUGGCUGUUUCUUCACCUCAACUGACAUCUCGGCUUUCUCAAGGCCUCGCUGCUACUAAUGGCACCUGUGAUACAGACACAGAGCUCCCUGAAAGUGACAGAAAGGAAAGUAAACCAGCUGUCAUCAGGGAUAGUUACGUGGUAGCUGCUGAUCCUGCUCCACAUGAAGACCCAGACAGACCUAAAGACUUGGCUCUUUCCUCUCAUCUUCCUGCAGAGCUCUCUGAACUUUCUCACUCAGAAAUCACUCACCUCUGCACCAACCAAAACCUGGAGCUUUCUGUUUGUCAUGUGCAGAAAGAAGAUUCCUUACUGCUGAUUGUUUUUAUCAGCAACUCAUCUGACUCCGCUGUUCAACAGAUACUAGUGCAGGUCGACUCUGAUGAACUUGAGGUGUCCUGUUUGGGUGACAGUCCAGUGGAGGAGGUGAGAAGCCACAGUGUAGCAGUGUGUCAGUAUUCGCUGACAGUGAAGAGGCCUGCAGUUCACAUUGAAUUAGUCGGGAUGGUGUCGUACCAGUUACCUGUUGGGUUGCCUCAGUCAGCGGCGUUCUCAUACAAACUCCCUCUAACCAGCUUCAUUAGACCUUUGACAGUGUCCACAGAGGAGUACGGGACGAUGUGGUUGGCCUUCUCUCAUGACACGAAGCAGAAUCUGACGCUGAUAAGUGACGGCCAAGAACCGCUCACAGCCACUCUGAAUGUCCUGAAGAGGAGACUUCAGCUUCACGUUGUGGAAAUUAUAGGUAUGGAAGGUAUUGUAGCUUGCCGCCUCCUCCAGGACCAGCCGUGUUUGAUGCACUGUCGCGUGCAUGCAGGAACGCUGGCUGUGUGGCUUCGCUCUCCGAUCCCCGACCUGCCCGACUGCCUGAUCUACCACUGUCAGAGAGCUUUACAGGGCCACUGAGCUCCAGCUGCACCACUGAGCAAAUAAAGCACCAACCCUCCACUGCUGAAGAGGAAGGUACACAGAGCUGUAGUGCAAAACAGAACAGGAGACAUCUAGUGUUGUGAACUCAUAUCUUUGCUUUGCAGUGUUUAUUAUCUGUCCGUGCCGCUAGACGUUGCUUAGUCGGUUUUAUGUGUUUGAGUUCUGUUGUUAUUUAAAAAUGUAAUUGGUAGAACAGUUUUAUUGGAAGUCAUUGAAAGUCUUGGUACUUGGUAAUAAGCUCUGGGCCAGAAGAUAGCGUGGUUAGCCUUCUAUGGGCGGCCAGAGUAACACUAUUGUCUUAAAGUGAUGUCAGGUCUCCAUUAUGACUGAAUGGCUGAAGUGUUGUUUCUGGUUAAAUGACGAUUGCACACUUCCUUCGAUUCCCCUUUAAUGAGGACCUGCUCUGCUCAGUUUCAGCUCUUUAUUUUUUUUAUUCUGGGACUCCGCUAGAGUAGUUUUGCAUAAACCACAGUUAAAAAAUAAUCCACAUUUCUCUUGUACUGCCCCUUGAUGCAGCCCCUCGGUUCAACCUCUGUCUGAAACAAGCAGUUUUAUCCCUUGUUAAAAGCCUGCUUUCUUCUGAUUAGCCAUCCUCCAGAGGCCUGCCUUUGUGAGCAUGUAGCAGGUGAAAAAAUCCAAGGUGGGGUCAGUUCUUUGCAAACAAGAAAAAAACGGUUGGAAACUUGGUGUUCAGAGCAGUUUAAAGCCAGUUUUUGGCUCAAAGAGAUUACUUUCACAUGUGUUUACCUCAUUAUUUGAAACUUUUAACGGAAGCAUCCAACACUCUAAUAUUGACAGAAAAUAAGGAAAAGCAUAGUAGAUCUCCUUUAAAGUCAUCUCAAAAGGUAAAAUAAUAAAUUUCAACAUUUUCCUCAUCCGGUGGUCCAGAUCUGCAUAAUGUUCUGCUUUUUAAUUUGUGACUUAAAAUCAGCUCCAUUUUCUUUGCUAGAACAAUCAUGACAGUGAAGCUCAUUUGGAUUUAAAUGCUGGGACAAGGGCUGAGCAAUAAGUCAAGAUGAUUCUUUUUUGACUUUCAGCAGAAUCAUAUGAUGAUGUACAAGCAAACCUGAAAAAACAGGUUUGUUGGAAACCUUUGAAGUGACUGACUGCAUGUGAUUCAUAACAAUGGAGGAGGGUCGAUGGGUCGUUCAUGUGAUUUCAUACAUUUUCCAUAUUGUGAGGUGUGUCAGAAAAUGUCCUUGUUGAAGUUUUUAUAACAAUUUCAUCAAAAUCACUCAGACUAAAAUGUGCAUUUAGAACUUGGCUUCAGAUUUUGAUUUAGCUUCUUCAGUGAAUGAAAUCAAACACAUUCUUACACUGGCUGAUUGUGUUUCUUUGAUGUCUUGCUCUUUGAGGGAAAAGCACAGGAAAAUAUUGGCAACAGCUCAUAGUGGUGGAAGUUGAUGACAGUGAAAGUAAACGAUGUUAAUUACUUCUGGCAUUUACUUGGUUGUCUUGGAGAUGAAAUGCUUCAAGUAAAUACAGUCUUCAAAGUAAGCUAAUAUUUACAGAAGGCUGCUUUCCGAGAGCAACCUGUUAGUCUUCACUGCUGAAGUUUCAGCACAGCAAAAAAGGGUUUACAUUAUUCUUGCUUGCAUCAUGCUGACAUUAAUGCCCCCUCGUUUAUUUCUUACAUCUAGAAUAAGAUUAUUUUGUCUUAAACAUGGAAGUGAUGUUCUCACUCUAUAUUGUCCAUUCAUUAUAAAGAUGUUGUUGCCUUCUGGAUGAGAGGGUUAUCUAUGCACCUAUGUCUCUGGUUAGUCAGCUGGUUAGAGGUGGAUGUCAGUGGUCUUUGACUAUUAUAUUUUUAUAUCAAUGCAGUAUUAAAAUCAUAUUUAUUGAGUUUAUAUUCUUACAGAAAACGUUUUAUAUUCAUUUCACUGGAGGAAAAGGAAUCAUUGUGCUUCGUGUGCUGUUUGAUUGCUCUGUGCCAGAAUGAUUUUCAGUGUGUGUGACAUGUUCCAGCCUGUUUCCUUUUUAAAAAAAAAAAAAAAAAAAAGAAAGUUCAGCUUGAAGGGAAGAAUCUCCUUGCUGUGUCCUGAUUUGAAGCGCAGCGUUAUGUCUCUAAAACUCCACUUUUGCCCUACGCCUUAUGUUCUAAUGCCAAGAUGGCGUGUUUGAUUUGUGCCUGUGGUACAAUGAAAAAUCUUUGUUUCUUGGAGUGCCUGUCACUACAUUCUGCUAAAUUAUGAAUAAAUUCAACACAUGUAAAUUA